AUGACACCCACGUCUCCGCCGCCAUCCGGCCGAUUGCAAUUGGAGCGCCCCGGCAGUGGAUUUAUGAUAAGCGGCACGCAAGCCGGAAGGCUCAAGCCAAAUUCGAAGUUGGCGCUGGCAGCUGUGCAGAUAGCAGCGCUCGGUAUUUGUUUUCCGCUGCCGGCUGGCAGAGGCAGCUCCGAAAAUCGGCAGUCCAUCGGUUAAAAUAACACCAUGACCACCUGGACCACCAUGAAAACGCGGAUAACCGCAUCGGUGCGCACCACCAACCGCAUGAAUGCCCUGCUCUCGGAGUCGAUGUUGAGCAGGCGGCGGGCCGCCCAAAAUCCGGAGGGCGAGGCGACCGCCGGCGAGGGCGGGGAGCCGGUCAAGGAGAAGCCCAAGAACGACUGGAAGUUCUUCCACACCAACUUCAAUAUGGAACGUGCCCUGAAGAUCAUCGAAGAUUGCAUCGAGGAGCGGCUGCUGUGGGAUCGCUUCAGCCGCAAUUACGACUCUUGGCGGGCUCUGCAGCUGGUCGAAGGUCUGGCGGCCGAGAUACGCGACCGGGUCAAGAAGCUGAACCACAGGCGCCACCGCAUCGUCUGCCUGCUGUCGAUCGUGGAGAAGCAGAACCAGGGCGUCCACCAACGGAUGUGCCAUUUGAUGGACGAGAAGCGGGACAACUUCACCCAGCUGGUCUUCGAACGGCCCACGUACUUCAUGAUCGUGGUGCUCUAUCUGGUCUACAAGGACUAGGUGUGAAAAAUGUAGUUGGAAGCCGCACUUCCAGGUGCUUGUUAAUUACUGU